CAAAGUAAUGCCGUAAAGCCUUUUUGUCGUAAACCAGGUGCGGAGAAGAAGGGGAGGUGAAGGCAGCGAGGGAGGUGGUGGUGGUGGAGGAGGAGGGGGAGAGGGGGUGAGAGAGGAGGUGACUCUCCGGCAGCAUUUAGACACAACGAAAGGAUCAUGGCGGAUGGCCCCAGGUGUAAGCGCAGAAAGCAGGCGAACCCGAGGAGGACCAACGUGACCAACUACAACAAUGUGCUGGAGGCAGGCUCAGACUCAGACGAUGAGGACAAGCUGCACAUCGUGGAGGAGGAAGGCAGCCUGGCAGACGGGGCAGACUGCGACAGCACCCUGCCGGACGACGAGCACCCGAGCGUGCCGAGCUGGGACCCAGUGAAGGAGGACUGCGCUUCAGAUGGCGAGGAUGACGUGAGCACGGACGCCCUGGUGGAGGAGAUGCUCCAGCAAGGAGACACGGCCAUCAUCUACCCAGAGGCCCCAGACGAUGACCUCCAGCGCCAGGGCACUCCCGACGCCAGCGUCCAUGACGAGAACGGAACCCCGGAUUCGUUCUCCCAGCUGCUCACAUGCCCGUACUGCGCGCGGGGCUACAAGCGCUACAGCUCCCUGAAGGAGCACAUCAAGUACCGGCAUGAGAAGACAGAGGAGAGCUUCAGCUGCCCAGAGUGCAGCUACAGCUUCGCAUACCGCGCUCAGUUGGAGCGCCAUAUGAGCGUUCAUAAGGGAGGACGGGAUCAGAGGCACAUCACGCAGUCUGGAGGCAACCGGAAAUUCAAGUGCCCUGAAUGCGGCAAAGCAUUCAAGUACAAGCACCAUCUGAAGGAGCACCUCCGGAUUCACAGUGGAGAGAAACCCUAUGAGUGCUCCCACUGCAAGAAGCGCUUCUCCCACUCAGGCUCGUACAGUUCCCACAUCAGCAGUAAGAAGUGCAUCAGCGUCAUCUCAGUGAACAGCAGACAGCGCCUGGGGGGCAGCAGAAACCAGGCCCAGGGCUCAUCACCAGGGCUGCCCACAUCCCCUUCAGUCCACUGCGGACAGAUCAGGGACAAACUGGAGCACAACAAGCCCCUCCAGGAGCAGCUGCCCCUCAACCAGAUCAAGACAGAGCCUGUGGAUUACGAGUACAAGCCGGCGGUAAUAACACCUCCAGCCAUGGCCGCCAUCAAUGGCGGAGUGUUCAGCGGAGGUGCUGCUGCCCCUCUGCAGGGUACUGUACAGGCGGUGGUUCUGCCCACAGUGGGGUUGGUGUCCCCCAUCAGCAUCAACCUGGCAGACCUACAGAAUGCCCUCAAGGUGGCAGUGGACGGUAACGUGAUACGGCAGGUGCUGGAAAACAACGCCAAAGGCCAGGUGAACUCAGGCCUCACCACUCAAAUGCUGCACCCCCCUCAGCAGCAGCUCAUCUCAGCCAUUAGUCUGCCGAUCGUAGGGCAGGACGGGAAUGCAAAACUUAUUAUAAAUUACAGUCUGGACCCCAACCAGGGCCAGCUCACGCCCCAUAACCUAAAGAAAGAGCCAGUGUCUCCGGCUCAGAGUGCCGCUGACUCUAUCAAGUCCCAGAAACUCCCAGAGGAUCUUUCAGUCAGAGGCAGCAGGGACCAGGCACAGCAAAAAGAGGAAAAGACCACUACAACCUGUCUACUGUGUGAGAACUGUCCAGGGGGGCUGGAAGCACUCCAUGCUCUCAAGCACUGCAAGAAAGAGGAUCUCAGACUGAACGGAGCAGGUUUAGAUAAAUCUGAAGCCGUUGUUGCCUUGCUGUCAGACGGAGGACUCUGCAACCACCCCAAGAACCUCCUCUCCCUUCUCAAGGCCUAUUUCGCCUUAAAUGCCGAGCCCUCCAAGGACGAGCUGGUCAAGAUCUCUGACUCAGUCAAUCUGCCCAUCCAUGUAGUAAAGAAGUGGUUUAGCAAAAUGCAGCAGGGUCAGAUAUCCCUGGGCGCCCCAACACCCCCAUCAGAAGAGGAAGACUCCUGUGAAGCUCACAGUGUGGUAUCACUGGUCCCAGGAAAGGACACAGCCACUAUAAGCAGAUCUGUGAGUCAGGAUAGCCCCACAGAGGCUACGCCAGCAGAGGUCAACGGCACUCACAGCUCACCGGCCUCGCCCUCGCCACUUAACCUUACAGCUGGCGGUCCCACCCAAGCUGACACCCCUGAGAGCACUGAGGGACCCCUGGACCUGUCGCUGCCAAAGCCAGCCAGAGAAGAAGCAGAGAGCAUGGCGCCUGCAGCCCGAGUUUACCCCUCUGCUUCCUCCUGCCAGACCACUGAGGAGGAACCUCUCAACUUAACUUGCACAAAGAAGGACACGUCACCACUCUCAGCCAUGGGGGGAAGCCCCCUUGCACUGUACACCAACCAGCCAAGUGCCAAACCCCUCGAUAUUGUAACCACAAUGCAAUGCCUGCGAGCACUAACCAACAACAGCAGCAAACAGACGAUCCUGAUCCCCCAGCUGGCUUACACAUACACCACUACAGCUAACAGCCCUGCAGGGACAGAGACGCACGAAACCAUCCAUCUCAAUGGAAUCAAGGAGGAGAGACUGGAUCUGGGCUCAGAGGGAUUCUCGGUCGUGGACGAGCAGAACGACUCCGACUCGGGCCCAGCGAGGAAGAAGAUGAAGAAGACGGACAGCGGCAUGUACGCCUGCGACCUGUGUGACAAGAUCUUCCAAAAGAGCAGCUCGCUACUGAGACACAAAUACGAGCACACAGGGAAGCGACCUCACGAGUGCAGCAUCUGCAGCAAGGCCUUCAAACACAAACACCACCUGAUCGAACACAUGCGCCUCCACUCGGGGGAGAAGCCGUACCAGUGCGACAAGUGCGGCAAGCGCUUCUCCCACUCGGGCUCCUACUCCCAGCACAUGAACCACCGCUACUCCUACUGCAAGAAGGAGACGCAGAGCCAGGCCGGAGGACGGGAGAGCCCCGCGGAGGAGGACGGCGAGGUCCCCGCAGAGCGGCAGAGGCAGGACACGGCGCCCUCCCUACUGGACUCAGACGAGCGAGGGAGCAGCACCAGGGAGGACGAAGAGAGCGAGGAGGAGGAGGACGAGGGAGUGGUGGACAUGAACGACAUCCAGGUGGUUCAGAUAGAGGAUGAGGAGGAGGAGGACAAAGAGGAGAGGAAGGAGGAGCAGAUGGAGACCGAGAGAGAGGACGGAACAUUAGAGACGGAGGAGAAAGAGGAAGUCGACACGAGGCAGGAGGAGGAGGAGAAUGAGGAGGAGAGCAACGCCGAUAAAGAUGAGGUGACAGAUAAGGAGGGAGGUGGAGCCGAGGAGGCGGGCGGGGAGGUCCAGGAGGAGAGCAGCGGCGAAACGAACCGGAGCGGGGUUUCUCAGGACGAGAAGGAGACGCCGGAGGAGAAAGCGGACACAGACUGAAGCAGGAAGUGGGCUUCUCCCUGCGACACAAUCAGACUCCCUCCUCGCCCCGAGCCGAGGACCGGCGUCCGCUCAGACACUUCACUACUGUGUAGAAAUCCAGGUGUGCCUGAAAAAAUACUAGAGACUUUUCCCCACAGGAGAACGUCUCCCUCUGUUUGAAGAACCAUUAGUAAAACAGAAAGGCGGAGAAGAAGAAGAGGAAUUUUAACGAACGAGAGACAUGCAUUAUACAGACUUUGGAAGCUAGAGCCGACACGUUUUAGAUAAUGUUUUAUUACUAAAACACCUUGGGUCCUUUCUUUUUAUCAGUGUUACUAAUUUUAUCACUCAUAUUUUAACCUUUAAAAGCUGUACAGUUGGGAGAUAUUUCUAUAUCUUUUUAUUGCCAAUGAACAAAAAAAAAGUCAGUAUUUUGUUAAGUUGGAAGAAAGAAAAAAAAAAGACAAAUCCUGUGCACUACAAGUGGCUCAGUUUACCUCCAGGCUGAGUUUUGUUGAACCCGUCAGUAUUAUCACGCCGUUUAGCAUUACAGUUCAGAUUUCUGCUGUUGUGGUCGGACUGAGAGCCUUAAGAGAGCCAACGGGUUUUAGAACCAGGCAGUAUUGAUGUUCUUUAUUUGUGUCUGUCAAACUUGGCCAAAUCAUAAUCAAUUCCAUUUCUGAGUGAUGAGAAGUGAGCAUCAGUAGAGACGGUUCCAGAAAAGACUCAAAACUCUUCCCAAACAAAACCCCAAAGCUGUUUUAGGCCCAUUAGUAUAACUGUAAAAGAAUGGAUGGAUGGAUGGAUGGAUGGAUGGAUGGAUGGAUGGAUGGAUGGAUGGAUGGAUGGAUGGAUGGAUGGAUGGAUGGAUGGAUGGAUGGAUGGAUGGAUG